AUGGAAUUUUUUAAUUCAGCUGUUGGGAAAAACAUCACAUUUGUGAAACCUGCAUAUUUCAUAAUAAGUGCAUUUAAUGGCAUAGUUAAUAUUAGGUAUUACUUUGUCUUUCUGUGCUUUAUUUACAUUUUUUCAGUGGUGGGAAACACACUAGUGAUGAUUGUCAUAAUUUUGGAUCAUACAUUGAAAGGUCCAAAACAUAUUGGAGUUUUCAACUUUGCAUUUACAGACCUGUUAAGUAGCUCUGCUUUGAUGCCAAAGCUUGUUGACAUUUUUCUGUUUAACCAUCACCAUAUCUCCUACAAUGACUGCUUGGCAUUCAUGUUUUUCUGCUUGACUUUUUUUGCAGCACAGGCUUUUAAUCUGGUUGUAUUGUCCUUUGACAGAGUCAUGGCUAUCAUGUACCCUCUGCACUACCAAAUGAGAAUGAGCCACAAGCUCAUUUUAUCUUUAAUCGCUUUUUUCUGGCUUCUUGUUAUUACUAUCAUACUCAUUGCAGUUGGUCUUCUCACAAGACUUUCUUUCUGUGACUCUGUGGUUAUUCAGAGCUAUUUCUGUGAUCAUGGACCUGUGUAUCGGCUUGGCUGCAAUGAUCUUACUCCAAAUCGUGUAAUUGGUUAUUUGGCACCAGUUCUUGUUCUUUGGGUUCCACUGGCAUUUAUCGUGGGAAGCUACUGCUGUAUUGGUUAUUCUUUGUCAAAAACUGUUACAUGUAGGGAAAGACUAAAGGCUUUAAAAACCUGCACAGGUCACCUUUCAUUAGUGGCAAUUUAUUUCCUCCCUACACUAUUUAUCUUUACCUUUGGGAGUACAAUACCUCCAAAUGCAAGGACUGUAAGUCUAUCUUUGGCCACUGUCAUGCCUUUGACUUUAAAUCCAAUAAUCUAUGGUCUUCAGACACAGGAAAUCAAAGAAUCGUUGAAGAAGUUAUUAAAAGUUAAAAUGCAAUUUUAA